AUGACCGUGAACGUCCUAGCCGAGCGCGCCCUCAACAGCGUCGAGCAAGGCCUUCUAAACGCCUCCCCCGCAACCAUCGGCUUCAAACCCCCCAAGCCGUCCCGUAGCCACGCCCACGAUGCGCAAAAACAACAACAAGACCCGGCCGAAGCCGCCAAGACGGAAAUCGAGUCCGGCACGCAUCAGCUAGAAACCCUGCUAUGCGCCAGCAUCGACCGCAACUUCGACAAAUUCGAGAUCUACGUCCUGCGCAACAUCUUAACCGUCCGCCCCCCCGACGUGCGCUCCUGGAUUCGCCUCUCGCACUACGACGGCCUGGAUUUCUCUACUUCUUCUUCGAAUACGAAUCUGAAUCCGUCGCCUACCCUCGACAGCAUAAACCGCCUCCGCCGCAAACUGCGCGAGAGCAUGCGUCUGAACGCCCUCCUCACCGCCGAGCGCGCGCGCAACGAGAAGCUCCUGAGCGAACUACAGGAUCUCGUCGGGAUAUCCCCUUCGCACGUAAAAAGCGAAAAGACAUCCCCGCAACCACCAAUGUCCGCACCAGCGCGGAUUAAAAACAGCCCCUUCGCAUUCCUGCACCGCAAAGGCUCCCUCACGGCCGGCGGGUCCGAAGCCCCCCUCAGCACGACGACCGCAUUCACGCUCUCGCAGAUGCAAGCUCUGCGUGCGUUAUCUACUUCGUUGCGCACGAUUACCCCAGACCUAGCGCCUUCUGCUUCCGCCGCCGAGGCUAUGGAUAUCGAUGCCGACGACGACGACGACGGGGAUAAAGAGAAAGAGCGCAAGAGCUGGCGGCGCGAGCGUCUCGAGUACGUCGAGGGCGCUACGAGACGGUACUUGGAGACGGUUGAGGGGCUGGAGCUGGGGCGACACGGGGAGGUGCGUGAUGGGGAGUGGCAGGGUGCGGGCCGUGGGUUAGCUAGGGAUGAGGUUGGGGGUUUGGAGGGGGUGAUUACGCUGUUAGGGGGAGAGGAACAAGAGGAAAGGGAACAGGAAGGGGAUUCCUCUAGUACGGCGCGGAGAUCGGCGUCUUCGUCGAGGGACGAUCGGAUGGACGAGUCAUGA